CAGGCCAGGCUGGUGAGCGCCUCCUGGGCAGGUGAGCCCCUCAGGCCGGGCAGGUGAGCACCUCCAGAACUGCUGACCCCCCCCACCCCCCGGGCCCUGCAAGUGAUCAGCAGGCUGGGCUGGUGAGCGCCUCCCCCGCUGGUGAGCCCCCCUGGGCGGGCAGGUGAGCACCUCCGGGGCAGGUGAGCGCUGCAGGUGAGCCCCUCGGGCAGGCAGGUGAGAGCCUCCCAGGCAGGUGAGCGCCUCGGGCGGGGCCGGGCGGGGACCGCAGCGGGCAGGCAGCGGGCGGGAUGGACGCGGCCGCCGCCGAGAUGGAGGAGCCGGGCAGCCAGGGCUCCCGGGCGGGCGAGGAUGCGGAGAUCGUGGUGAACGUGGGGGGCGUGCGGCAGGUGCUGGACGGGGACCUCCUGAGCCGCUACCCCGAGACGCGGCUGGCCGAGCUGCUGCACUGCCUGGCGGGCGGCUACGACACCAUCUUCUCGCUGUGCGACGACUACGACCCGGGCCGGCGCGAGUUCUACUUCGACCGCGACCCCGACGCCUUCAAGUGCGUGGUGGAGGUGUACUACUUCGGCGAGGUGCACAUGAAGAAGGGCAUCUGCCCCAUCUGCUUCAAGGGCGAGAUGGACUUCUGGAAGGUGGACCUCAAGUUCCUGGACGACUGCUGCAAGAGCCACCUGCACGAGAAGCGCGAGGAGCUGGAGGAGAUCGCGCGGCGGGUGCAGCUCAUCCUGGACGACCUGGGCGCCGAUGGCGCUGGCGGCUGGCGCCGCUGCCAGAAGUGUGUGUGGAAGUUCCUGGAGAAGCCCGAGUCGUCGUGCGCCGCGCGCGUGGUGGCUGUGCUGUCCUUCCUGCUCAUCCUCGUGUCCUCUGUGGUCAUGUGCGUGGGCACCGUCCCGGAGCUGCAGGUGCUGGACGCCCAGGGCCACCGCGUGGAGCACCCCACUCUGGAGAACGUGGAGACGGCCUGCAUCGGCUGGUUCACGCUAGAGUACCUGCUGCGCUUCUUCUCCUCACCCAACAAGCUGCACUUCGCGCUGUCCUUCAUGAACAUCGUGGACGUGCUGGCCAUCCUGCCCUUCUACGUCAGCCUGACGCUCACGCACCUGGGUGCCCGCAUGAUGGAGCUGGCCAACGUGCAGCAGGCCGUGCAGGCGCUGCGCAUCAUGCGGGUGGCCCGCAUCUUCAAGCUGGCUCGCCACUCCUCAGGCCUGCAGACGCUCACCUAUGCGCUCAAGCGCAGCUUCAAGGAACUGGGGCUGCUGCUCAUGUACCUGGCCGUGGGCAUCUUCGUCUUCUCCGCCCUGGGCUACACCAUGGAGCAGAGCCACCCUGAGAGCCUGUUCAAGAGCAUCCCCCAGUCCUUCUGGUGGGCUAUCAUCACCAUGACCACCGUGGGCUACGGCGACAUCUACCCCAAGACCACGCUGGGCAAGCUCAACGCGGCCAUCAGCUUCCUCUGUGGGGUCAUCGCCAUCGCCCUGCCCAUCCACCCCAUCAUCAACAACUUCGUCAGGUACUACAACAAGCAGCGGGUGCUGGAGACGGCUGCCAAGCACGAGCUGGAGCUGAUGGAGCUCAGCUCGGGUGGCACGGGGGGCGAGGCCCAGGCGGGGGGCUCCCGCGGAGACCUGGACACCCUGCCCCCAGAGCCCGCAGCCAGCAAAGAGGGCCCGAGCUGGGGCAGCCAGCUGCGGGUGUCCCACAGUGACACCUUCAUCCCCCUCCUGACCGAGGAGAAGCACCGCAGGACCCGGCUGCAGAGCUGCAAGUGACCCGGGUCAGGGAGGACUGGGCUGGCAGCUGGACGGACAGAUGGGUGACUUCCCAGCAGGGGCUGUGCUCCGUUCCCCCGCUCUGUCUUGAACAGGACCCUGAAGCUCCUCCUGGGUGCCCCCCCGAGAGGCCGGGUAAGCCCGUGCUGCGUGGGGGGUGGGCUGGCUGGUGGCAGGAGCCCUCCCCUGCUUCUGUGUCCCCCUAAUAAAGCCUCCUGCUCUGUG